CAGUCUGAAAAAGAGAAGAGCCAUUGACGGGUGAAGCCUCGGAAGAGAAAGACAGAGAGAGAAGAGGGAGGAAGUGACAGCACGAGUCUCACAAGGUCUUGACAGGGACAGAGACCAAGGGCGUAGUCUGAACAUCGAGCAACAUUUGGUGGAACCACAACCGUACGAGGUCAGAAUGGCAUCGUGGGAUCUGUCUGUGUCUGUGGAGGAGCUGGGACCCGACGCGCCGCCGCUGAAGAUCAGUGUCACCUCAGAACUACACAUCGGCGGAGUCAUCCUCAAAGUGGUGGAGAAGUCACAGAUCAAGCAGGACUGGUCCGAUCACGCUCUGUGGUGGGAGCAGAAGCAGCAGUGGCUGCUGAAGCCGUCCUGGACGCUGGAUAAGUGUGGGAUUCACGCAGACGCCCGGCUCUGUCUCACUCCUCAGCACAAGCCCCUGCGUCUGCUCCUGCCCAGCGGAAACACCCUGCGCCUCAAAGCCUGCUUCUCCAGCCCCGUCUUCCGCUGCGUCACCGGCCUCUGCAAACUCCUGAACAUACGCCACCCAGAGGAACUGUCCCUGCUCUGGCCAGUGGAGAAGAAGAAGAAGAAGAAAGAGAAAGAUGUUGAGGAAGAGUUGUAUGACAUCACACGCGCUCCGCUUCCUUCAAGCGUCAUCCCGAAGCUUGCGAGCGGCAUGCCUGCUUUCUUCGCUGAAACGCCUGAAACUGAGGCUGUGUACAAGAUGCUGGCGGUCAGUCAGCCGGCUCCGGCCCCAGAGACCAUCGCUAAACUCUACCGCUCCACCACCAUAACAGAGAAAGCUCAUAUCAACAGCAGGUGGCUGGAUUCAUCCCGUUCUCUUCUACAACAGGGAGUCAAAGAGAACGAUAAACUCCUGCUGCGCUACAAAUACUACACCUUUCAUGACAUCACACCACAGACGGAUGCGGUGCGUCUCACACAGCUGUAUGAACAGGCGAGGUGGGCCAUCCUGCUGGAGGAGAUCGAAUGCACUGAGGAGGAGAUGAUGGUCUUCGCUGCCUUACAGUACCACAUUGGGAAAGUGUCUCUGACGGAGCAGUUCAUGGCGUCGUGUCCAGCGAUGGAUGAUCUGGACUCGGCUCUACAGUGUCUGGAGGUGAAGAUGGAAGGAGAGAGCAGUGCAGACGACAUGCUGGAAACAAUGACGGCACCAGAACUACACGACUACUUGAAAAUAUUCAGACCGAAGCGGCUGACACUGAAAGGGUACAAACAAUACUGGUUUACAUUUAAGGACACGACCAUCUCUUACUUCAAGAGUAAAGAGGAGAGCUGUAAAGAGCCAAUUCAACAGAUGAAUCUUAAAGGUUGUGAGGUGGCUCCGGAUGUGAGUGUCGCCGGGCAGAAGUUUUGCAUCAGGUUGCUGAUUCCUGGGCCAGAGGGCAUGAAUGAGGUCUACUUGCGCUGUGAGCAUGAGCAGCAGUACAGCCGGUGGAUGGCCGCGUGUCGUUUGGCCUCCAAGGGCAAGACUUUAGCAGACAGCUCUUUCUCCAGCGAGGUGCAGAGUAUCCAGUCGUUCCUGGCCAUGCAGAAAACCACACCUAGCACUAACACUGCUCAGACGGACGAAAGCAUCAACACACACAGCCUGGUCUCUCCACGCUACCAGAAGAAGUACAAACCCAAGCAGCUCACGCCGAGGAUCCUGGAGGCCUAUCAGAACGUAGCUCAGCUCUCAUUGACAGACGCCAUUCAGAAGUUCCUCCAGAUCUGGCAGGCUCUGCCUGACUUCGGCCUCUCUUAUGUUGUAGUCAGGUUUAAGGGUUGCCGCAAGGAUGAGGUGCUUGGCAUUGCCAAUAAUCGUUUAAUCCGCAUUGACCUGAGUGUCGGAGAUGUGGUGAAAACCUGGAGAUACAACACCAUGAGGCAGUGGAACGUCAACUGGGACAUCAAACAGGUUGCCAUUGAGUUUGAUGGCAAUGUGAACAUUGCCUUUAGCUGUGUGACAGCAGAUUGUAAGAUCGUCCACGAGUACAUCGGUGGCUACAUCUUCAUGUCCACACGCAGCCGGGAGCAGAGCAACACGCUGAACGAGGAGCUGUUUCACAAACUCACAGGCGGCCAUGAAGCGCUAUGAGAGGAAUAAAACAUGUGUGCACCGAAGGACUGAAGAGAAUAAGAUCUGCCAGAAGAAAAUCUAAGAAAUGUUCACUCAUAACCUAAAAAGCAUACACGUACAGAUAUAGCCAUUCAUGAGUAUUUCCCCAAAAAACACUAUUGUGUCUUAACAGGUUUGUGACACCUGAAGUGUUUUGUUUUCUGACAUUUAGCAGUGUGGCAUUUCUCUUUCUUCUUGUUUUAAUUGGCUUCCCUCAUUCGUAGUGUAACUUUUAACACCAUAUCUUUUAGGUAUUAAAUCGUACUGUCAAAGCUUGUCAGCCUUUUGCUUUAA